AUGUUCUUCUUUUUCAUAUGCGGCGAGCACACCUUCCGCAGUGACGUCCCCGGUUAUGAGGGAAUCGUGUGUCAAUGCCACCACUGCGGAAACAUGGCAGCGCGCGUCGUCAAGAGCCGUCCAUUCUUCACCUUCUGCUUCGUCCCCAUUAUCCCAUUCACCAUUUCGGGAUACAAGGAUGUUACUUGUAACAUUUGCCACUUUCAGCAGCCCUUGAAGCAUCGUCCUGAUGUCCUGGCCAUGGCUAAUCACGGCGGCGGAGGUGGAAAUUAA